ACUGCACAAGACGGAACUGCUCAAAGCACGGAGACGGGAACUCAGCUUUCCUAGAGCAAGGAUCCACUGCUAGACAACAGCAACUGAGAUGAAUAAUGUCAUUCUCAUUUUUGUUGUUUUGCUAUGCUUUCUCCAUCAAGGAAGUGCAAGAAAGAAAUUACUUGGAGUUGAGCAAUAUGAAAUAGUUUAUCCUCGGAAACUGCACACAGUACAUAAAAGAGAUGCAGAAAGAAGCAAAGAAGAGACAAAAUAUGACGAUACACUGGAGUAUGGAAUCAAAGCCAACGGAGAGGAAGUCAUAUUGCACCUACAAAAAAACAAGCAUCUGUUAGCUGGGGACUACACUGAAACAGUUUAUUCAGAUGACGGUCAGCAGAUAACCACGAGUCCCCAGAUCAAGGAUCACUGUUACUAUGAAGGUUACAUUCAGGAUGAGGCAGACUCAACAGCAAGCAUCAGGGCCUGUAAAGGUUUAAGUGGGUAUUUUGAGACCCGUGGGCAGAAGUACCUGAUUGAACCCUUGGGAACGUCGGACAGAGACAAACAUGCAGUGUAUGAGUUUGUGGAAGAUAAUCCCAUCAAAACCUGUGGAGUAGUCAAUAGCAGCUGGGAAGUGAAUGCAAGCAGCCCCAUCAAUAGCAUCUUCAAAUCCAGCAAUAGCCCAGAAAUGAAGGCAUACCUGAAGGCAAAGAAAUAUCUGGAAGUUUAUGUAGUUGCAGACAAUACUAUGUAUAAGAAGUACAACAAAGACGUUAAUACUGUGAGACAGAGGGUAUUUGGAAUAGUCAAUUUCAUCAACACGGUUUAUAAGGCCGUCAAUAUUUACGUGGCUCUAAUUGGCCUAGAAAUCUGGACAGACAAUGAUAAAUGCUCCUUGAGUCCUAUUGCAGGAUCGACUCUGGACAACUUCUCAAAGUGGCGGAACUCAGAUUUAUUAAAGAGGAAAAGAAAUGACAAUGCUCAGCUAAUUACAGGCCACGACUUGGAGGGGACAACAAUUGGAUUAGCUUUCAUAAAAUCCAUAUGCAGUGAUGUAUAUUCUGCAGGUAUUAUCCAGGAUCAUAGCAGAAAUGAGAUUGCAGUUGGAGCUACCAUGGCACACGAGAUGGGACACAACCUUGGCAUGAGUCACGACACCAAAGACUGCAUGUGUCAUUCUCGAGUCUGCAUCAUGACUGAUACUGUUAGUUCUAUCAUCCCUAAGAAAUUCAGCUCCUGCAGCCUCCAAGAUUUCGAGAAAUACAUGUUGAAUGACAUGCCAAAAUGCCUAACUAACAUCCCAGAUAUAAAUGCCAUCAUAGCACCUUCAUCGUGUGGCAAUGGCUUUGUGGAAAAAGGAGAGGAAUGCGACUGUGGUACUUCAGAGGAGUGCACAAAUGCCUGCUGUGACCCGGAGACAUGCAAGCUGACAGCUGGCUCCAUGUGUGCACAAGGAGACUGCUGUGAGGACUGCCAGUACAAAAGGGCAGGAGCUGUGUGCCGAGAAGCCAAGGAUGACUGUGACCUGCCUGAGAUGUGCACUGGUUAUUCUGGGAAUUGCCCAUCAGAUCGAUUCCGUAUGAAUGGACAUCCUUGCAACAAUGGCGAAGGCUUUUGCUACAUGGGAAUCUGUCCCACCCGAGAAAGCCAGUGCAGGGCUGCUUUUGGACCACAGGCUACUGGGGGGGCAGCGUCCUGUUACCGGAUGAAUGAGAAGGGGGUGUAUUAUGGAUACUGCAGGAAAGAAAGAGGCAGUCACGUCCCAUGUAAAAAGAAAGAUAUCAUGUGUGGGAAGUUGUACUGCUCUGGGGGGUGGGAGAUGCCCUCCUAUGGCAGCCUGGUGACCUUCGAGUCCUGCAAAGCAAGCUUUCCUAGGAAUGGAGAUACAGAUUUAGGGAUGAUCCUCAACGGAACCAAGUGUGGGGAUGGCAUGGUAUGCAGCAAUGGAGAAUGUGUCUAUGCUGAAGAUGUCUUUAGAUCAAGCGACUGCUCUGCCAAAUGUCCUGGACAUGCUGUUUGUGACCAUGAGAUGCAAUGCCAGUGUGAAGAAGGAUGGGCGCCACCGAACUGCGACAGCUCAUCAGCAGUCACCAGUUUUGCAGUCAUUGCUGGUGUGUUGGCUGUCCUCACUGUGAUUGUAAUUGCAGCAGUAUUGCUUUUCCGCUUCCGAGUAUUCAAAAAGAGCAGCCACACCAGAAGGGGACCUGGAGCCACCAAUCAAGUCUUUGUGGACCAAGAACAAAGACCAAGAGAGCACCCUGGCCUGGCAGUACCCACCCAAAAGAUUAAUGAUAAGAAGCUCCUCCUUCCUGUACCGCCACUACAGGAGAACAAACCACAGCUUCGGAGCCCUGUCAUAAGGCCAAAAGGUCCCCCACCUCCUGUCCCUUGCACCAAACCAGCCUUUUCUCACACACAGGACAUGUUUGCACCAGAGAAAAAACCUGCUUGUCUCCCAGUUCCCAAAGGCAAACCUCCACCUCCACCAAAGGCUUUGAAACCUCCUGUUAACCCCAGGGUCUGAAGCUCCUGCAGGAGGGCUGAUGGAGGUUCCUAGAAUGCUGAGGGGCAGUUGGUUUGUCCUCUGAUUCUCUACUUUUCCUGUUCUGUGUGAGACAGAACAGCUUACUGACAGCUGCUUUGAAGGGAAAACUUUUGGUUUUCAAACAGUAAGGAACUCUUUGGUGACAAUAUCAAGCUGCUGUCUGGAAGGAAACAAAGCAGAAUCGCUGCUCACACCGAGGAAUGGAUGGAGCACACUAUGAGAGUUGCUGGACACAUCCCAGCUCCUUAGCUGCCUCCACAAGAAGUGUCUGCUCUGGGAUCGCUGUAUCUGCAAUGCUUUCCUCAGAAACAGAUCUGAAAAGGUCAGGGAAAAGCACGGGGUACAAAUUCUGUAAACUAUGAUACACUUCUGCAUCUUUGCCAACCCUCUCUUCAGCACCAGACUCCUGCUUCAUAUAUGUAUUGCAAGCUCUGGACCCAGAAAAAUCCUUCCAGCCCUUUGGAGAAUUUACAUCCCCGAGGCCUGAAGGAAGCUUGGAAUAAUACAAUUACAGACUGGACACACACUGAUUCUGGAAAGAUCCACGUGGAUCAGAUCCUUUCAUUAAUCCUUAGAUUACCUGUUACACAGGAUUUCUCUGUUGAGUAGGUAGGAGCUGUGCUCAGAAGCAAAGCACACAGGACUCAACCUCCUGCUGCCUGCAAGCACUCCCAGAGCUCAGCCCAUGCCAGUUCCAAAGGAGCUCCAGCUGCCACCAUUGCACUUGGACAGAGCAAUUUGGAAAAGCAGUCAACAAAAUCUUUAAUCAUUAAUUUUGUUCACCCCUCAGCUCCAGAAAUAUCUGAAUAUUUCUCCCUUCCAGGAUACACACACACACCUCGGUGUUUUCAUUUAAUUGCUCCUGCACCGGGGCGUGUUAUUGUAAAGUUGCUAAUGAGCACUGGGUUGGGCACAGGGGUUUGUUAUUGUGGGACCACAUUGCAGCAGUGAGGCUUUGCACACUGGUUUGUUACUGAGGGGUUCUUCAUUUCGUUCUGGUCUGUUGGCAUCAGCAGUGUUGACACUCUUGGCCUGUUGGCAUAGAUCUGCAUGAUACUGUUGGCAUCGAUGUUAAUAAUGCUGUGAGGGUGCUGGCACUGAUGCUAUUGUUACCAUUGGCACUGUUAUCAUUUGUGUGGUUGGCGUCAAUAUUUCUAAGUUAAAGCACACAGAAGUGUUUUUCAAGGAAUAAAAAAAAAAAAGAGAAGAGAGGGGGAAAAAAAUUGCCCCAGUUGCAAAGUACUCAAGACUUUAUGGAGGUUCCAGUUUGAACUGGAUUUGUGUUUGGAUCAGGAUCAAAAUCAGAGCACUCCUUUGGUUUUGCAAAUGGAUUACGCUGUCCCUCAAAAGAAGGCAGUUUACAGCCUUGGGGCUAAAGAAGAGCAAACAGCUGCCAAACUACCAAAAUCUGGAGCAUCUGGCCAGCACUGUGCAUGCUUUCAACUGGGUUUGGUUCUAACCAGCACAUAUUGGAACUGUAACAUAAACCUGAUCUUCAGAGGGCAUGAAAUGCAUAUAAAAUAAUCAAUUUCUUCUUUUAGGCUAGGUAUGCUUUGACACUGCCGAUUACCAUAUGCCCUGUAAAACAUAAUGAAAUUACCAUCUUCGGUUUCAGAUCUGAGGAAGUUUUGGAAGAAUGUGGCUUUUUCCACUUUAGGUAACUGUUCCAUUAUUUUAGGCAGAAAUAGAUUUUAAUCUAUCUGUAUUUGACUGUCAUGUAAAGAUUUAGAACUUUUUUUUUAUGAACUGUAAUUAAUGUAUUUACAAUGUUUUCUAUAUUAAAGUAUUCUGUUGGAAAACUA